AUGGACAGCCCAGCCAGCAGCGGCCCAGCCAGCCAGCAGCGGUCCAGCCAGACUGCAGCGGUCCAACCAGCCAGCAAUGGUCCAGCCAGCCGGCAGUGGUCCAGCCAGCCGGCAGUGGUCCAGCCAGCCAGCAGCGGUCCAGCCAGCAAGCAGCAUUCCAACCAGCCAGCAGCAGUCCAGCCAGCCAUCAGCUGUCCAGCCACCUGGCAGUGGACCAGUCAGCGUGCAGUGGUCCAGCAAGCCAGCAGCGGUCCAGCUAGCCAUCAGCUGUCCAGCCAGCUGGCAGUGGUCCAGCCAGCUGGCAGCAGUCCAGCCAGCCUGCAGCGGUCCAACCAGCCAGCAACAGUCCAGCGAGCUGGCAGCGGUCCAGCCAGCUGGCAGCGGUCCAGCCAGCCAACAGAAGUCCAGCCAGCAAGCAGCGAUCCAGCCAGCCAGCAGGGGUCCAGCCAGCCAGCAGUGGUCCAGCCAGUCAUCAGCUGUCCAGCCAGCUGGCAGUGGUCCAGUCAGUGUGCAGUGGUCCAGCCAGCAAGCAGCAGUCCAGCCAGCCAGCAGCAGUCCAGCCAGCCAUCAGCUGUCCAGCCAGCUGGCACCGGCCCAGUCAGCCAUCAGCGAUCGAGCCAGUCUGCAGCGGUCCAACCAGCCAGCACCGGACCAGCCAGCCGGCAGCGGUCCAGCCAGCUGGCAACGGUCCAGCCAGGCAGCAGCGGUCCAGCCAGCCGGCAGUGGUUCAGCCAGCGUGCAGUGAUCCAGCCAGCCAGCAGCGGUCCAGCCAGCUGGCAGCGGUCCAGCCAGCCAUCAGCUGUCCAGCCAGCCGGCAGUGGUCCAGCCAGCGUGCAGCAGUCCAUCCAGCCAGCAGCGGUCCAGCCAGCUGGCAGUGGUCCAGCCAGCCAGCAGCGGUCCAGCCAGCAUGCAGCGAUCCAGCCAGCCAGCAGCGGUCCAGCCAGCCGGCAGCGGUCCAGCCAGCUAUCAGCUGUCCAGCCAGACGGGAGCAGUCCAGCCAGCCUGCAGCGGUCCAGCCAGCCGGCAGUGGUCCAGCCAGACAGCAGCGGUCCAGUCAGGCAGCAGCAGUCCAGCCAGCCAGCAGCAUUACAGCCAGCAGCAGCAGCAGGAGCAACGGCGGUAUAG